AUGACCCUUGGAGUUUUUGUACUCCUCGCUGUGUUCCAACGAGGGCCCCUCGCCAAACCAUUUCUUUCUCCCCAGGUUUUCGCUGGAUCAGUUAUCACCUUAUCUAAUCUUGGGUCUUUGAUCGGCGCUAUUAUCACAGUCCUCGGUAUCGCCGGAAGAUAUGUCCUAUCUGGAGUUUCAAGGGCUUGGCUGCGCCGGCGAGCCGAGAAGAGUCAAGGUAUUACCAUCAAGCAAUGGCGUUCCUUAUCCGGCAUCACGCUCCAUGAGCUGCAUCGCACUCCCUUCCUGGCCGGUGGAAUGUUUGUUGCAUUUGCGGUACUGGUCGGUAGCAAUUCAGUCAUGCUUCCUGGCACUCUUAUCCCUACCUCCCAGAUUAGAUAUAUGAGCCUCUGGACCAUGAAGACAGCACCAUAUCUCAAUACAGGCGGCCAGGGCUCACAUAUCAGUUGUGUCAACAUUAGCGAUCCUACCUUCUGUGCAGCGGUUUACGGUGUUCCAUCAAUCUCCAUCGGCUUCAAUGACGGAUUCAACCGGACGUCGAGCUAUUAUCCAGAUUUAACAUCCGGAAUCAAUUUCGCAAAUGUUGGGUUCUUGGCAGGGGUCCCCGCUGGAUCAAACUUUUUCGCUGGACGGCUCGGGGAUGCCACUUUCGAGACCCUCACCAUUGAUACUCCUAUAACUGCCUUCGAAACCACUUGCUACCUACAGGGCGGCGCGAGCAUUAGCCAGGACCAAUACUACGUCCCUUCGGCUUGCCAGGGUGAAAAUGUUUACUAUGGUAAUUCCACUUUGGCUGCCACUUACAUCUGGGGAGACACUUGUCUACAUGACGGUUCGACCAUCGUCGAGAUAGCCCUCGGGGGAAACGAGAUACCGGACCACGAAGGCACGAUCAAUUAUGCAAUCCAAUGUCAGGUAUCGGCGCGCGAAGGUCAAGGCUGGUCAACAUACUUUUAUGGGAUAGGCAACCAGUUCUAUGUGACAAACCCGUCAGAGCAAACACUGGACCUUUCUGGAUUCCAAAGUCUGUCCUAUUAUGAUAUGUUGUCUAUCACAACAGGCCUUCUCUCGGCCAUGAAUGCCGAGAUUGGUCUUGAUGGGAAACCUGGACUCAUAGCGAUUGGCAUGUCCAAAGCCGUGAACCAGGCCGGGCAAGUAGAUCUGGAGGCGCUGGCCGGCGCUGUCAGCAAUGCCUUGGCAGUUUCAGCGACAUCUGGUUAUCUGUAUGAGACGAAGGACUUGACGGAGUCCCAAGGAGACGGUAACCCCACGGUGCUCGUCGGCCAGAAUAGUGAUAAUGUCGCCAUAAGAGGAUAUGGCUGGACUAAGUCUUGGAAAUUAUUGGCCUACUCCUGUCUUGAGAUCCUGAGCGGACUCAUUUGGCUCACAGCUGGUAUCUAUAUGGUCAAAGGAGGAACUCGAUACGAUCCCACGGACUGGUUCCACACCCUGAACACGUCAGCUGGCUCGAACAUUCAGCAGAUCAAUGGCACGUGUACCGGAGCCGAUCUCCAGCCUCGAAAAGUGAACAAGAACGUUCUGUGGUAUGGCGAAAUCGCAUCGGGACACGUUGGAUUCUCUCAGUACCAAACUGCUCCGAUCAGCCCCAAGAAAAAGUAUGGAGACCAGUCAGCAGCUGUUGAGAAUCUUGAGGAGAAAGAGCAGUCUGAGGCUUCUGAGACCGUUUGA